GCCGCCAUGUUGAGCCCUCUGCUCUAGAUGGAAGCGGCUGGGGCUGGAGCCGGGCAUCACCCACGGCGCCUCCGCCUUCUCUUCUCCUCUCCCGCACCCCGGUCCCGCGCAGGACCGGCUCGUCCCCGGAGCGGCCCUCGUCUGUCUCGGACCGCGACCAGGAUUUUGCCGGAAAAAGAUCUUUUCAUUCAACAAUGGCAGGAAAAUCAUCACUUUUUAAAGUAAUUCUCCUUGGAGAUGGUGGUGUUGGGAAGAGCUCUCUUAUGAAUAGAUACGUCACUAACAAAUUUGAGAGCCAGUUAUUCCACACAAUAGGUGUGGAAUUUUUAAAUAAAGACUUGGAAGUGGAUGGACACUUUGUAACUAUGCAGAUUUGGGACACAGCAGGUCAAGAACGCUUUAGAAGCCUGCGAACACCAUUUUACAGAGGUUCUGACUGUUGCCUUCUUACUUUCAGUGUAGAUGACUCUCAAAGUUUCCAGAACUUGGGCAACUGGAAGAAAGAAUUCAUUUAUUAUGCAGAUGUCAAAGAGCCCGAAAGCUUUCCUUUUGUGAUUUUGGGUAACAAGAUUGACAUAAGUGAAAGACAAGUUUCUACAGAAGAAGCCCAAGCCUGGUGCAGGGACAACGGGAACUAUCCUUACUUUGAAACAAGUGCAAAAGAUGCCACAAAUGUUGCAGCAGCUUUUGAGGAAGCUGUUAGAAGAAUUCUUGCUACUGAGGAUAGGUCAGAUCACUUUAUUCAGACAGAUACAGUCAAUCUUCAUCGAAAGCCUAAGCCCAGUUCAUCUUGUUGUUGACUAUUAAAAAGCUUUGCCAAUAUAGCUCUAACCAACUCAUUUACAAAAUGGGGUGCAGGGGAAAUGAGAGGAAGAGGACCAGAGAAUAAAGUCUGGCAAGUCCAGUUCUAAUAAUAAAAUUUAAACUAAUCUAUACUGCUGCUUCAUUAGAAGGUGGAAGGAAAUAGCCAUUCUUUGAGUAACCUAUUUAGCAAAGGCACAUAACAUUUAUAACGGUGUCUCCAAUAACAAAUGGUUACUUAAAUUUUAAUGUGUAACUUACAGAGCUAGUAAUAAAUCAAAUGAAUAAUUAAAAUGAAAACUUGAAUUUCUAGAAGCACUACUUGGGUUGUUUUUUCCCCUAGAAUUCAAAUGGAGAACACAUUUUUGUAUGUAUAUAUUUUUACAAAAUUAGCGAUUCAUUCUUAGUUCACUGAAAGCACAUAUUGAAAAUGCUCAAUAUUAAAGAUUUCAAUCACAAAAUUA